UUCCCUUCUUGCUACUCAGACUGCAGAGAAAGCAAAGCAUGCGGAGGAGCAUCCUCAACAAUUGGUGCCUGCGGACUAGCACUUAACAAGCACAUACCAGCUUACUGUAAAAUAAUAAGAAGAAGAAGAUGGUGGGGUCAGGAGGUGGUGGUGGUGGAACAGGAGAGAGGAGCAAGGAGGCUGUUGGGAUGAUGGCACUUCAUGAGGCACUCAGAACCGUCUGUCUUAACUCUGACUGGACCUACUCUGUCUUCUGGACCAUCCGCCCACGCCCGAGAGUUAGAGGUGGCAAUGGUUGCAAGGUUGGAGACGAUAACGGCAGCCUGAUGCUGAUGUGGGAAGAUGGGUUCUGCCGAGGAAGGAGUGCAAGUCUGGUGGAAGACAUGGACGGAGGAGGAGAGGAUCCAGUGAGAAAGGCCUUCAGCAAGAUGUCCAUUCAGUUAUAUAAUUAUGGAGAAGGGUUGAUGGGGAAAGUUGCAUCUGAUAAGUGCCACAAGUGGGUCUUCAAAGAGCCCACAGAAUGUGAGCCUAAUAUCUCCAACUACUGGCAGAGCUCCUUUGAUGCUCUUCCUCCUGAAUGGACCGACCAGUUUGAUUCUGGCAUUCAGACUAUUGCUGUAAUUCAAGCUGGACAUGGCCUUCUUCAGCUAGGCUCUUGCAAGAUUAUUCCGGAGGACCUCCAUUUUGUGCUAAGAAUGAGACACACAUUUGAAUCACUUGGCUACCAAUCGGGAUUCUACCUCUCACAACUCUUCUCUUCAACAAGGAACACUUCAUCUUCAACUUCAAUCCCUUCAAAACCAUCUUCCAUUCCAAUUAGGCCUCCAGCACCACUCUUCAACUGGCCUCACAGGCCUUCGCUUCCAUCUUCGGCCGCCUCAAUGCUCUCCUCGCCCAAUUUUGCUGCAUCCAGGAUGGGAUUCCCAAACAAGGACUCUGAGACACACAUGUUUCUCAUGCCACACCAUCACCAAGAGCAUGGUGCAAGGAUUGAGGACAUGAUUGGAACUAACACUACUAGUGGUGAUCAUGAGAAUGAUAUCAAGUGGCCUAAUGGAUUGUCCUUCUUCAAUGCUUUAACCGGCCGAACCCACGAAGCUAACAAGCUAUUGCAGGAACAAGCAUUGAACAUCACUCAUCAGAACCCCAAUUCCGAUUCUUCAAACAUGCAACAAAAUGAGUUCCUCAGCUUGGAAACAGGACACCCUGAAGGUGGUUCUGCUGCUGCAAGGAAAAUGGAUAAGUUCAAGAGGAGCUUCACUUUACCUGCUAGAGUUGUUUCAUCAUCUUCAUCAACUUCCAUGGAUCAACAUCAACAACAAGGUAAUGCUGUGGAGUAUAGGAAUUCAGAUGGACCUAUGUUCCCGGAUGUUAUGGAAACCUUUUUGGAGUGAUCAAUGGAGGGGUUAGAAAACAAAGAAAGAGAAAAAAAUGGGUUAUUUGUAUUCAUUUUAUCUUAUAUACUGAGUCAAUAUGCAUUUUUUAUACUAAUAAUUGAGUGUGGAAAAAUGUAUAUUUGAUCUGUGUAUGAGAUCAAAUGAGUUUUCAUAAUGUUUCUAUAAGAAAAAGAAAAUGAAUUAUUAGAGUAUAUGUAUCUAGGAAAAGCUAUUUGUGUUUCCUUUUUACUUUCACCUCUUUAACUUUGUAUCUUUGUGCUUCUUUUUUCAUCUGUCUUCCACUUAAUGAGACUUGAUUAAUGCUCACUUAAUUUCUUUUA